GCGGGCACGGAGCAGAAGCUGCCGGUCACUGCGGUGCGGACUUGUUGCUCGGGCAGUGGAGGCCGCCGAGGGUUUGGGCACCGUGGAGAGGGGUGGGCAGAGGGGUCAUAGGUCCCUCGCGAAGUCCAGCCCCGGCUACUGAGACUCGCACAACACCACCAAGCCGCUUGCUUUGCACCUGCUCCGUAAUUGGCACACGACCCACCCGGGGCCUGUCACUCCCAGCCUGCCUGCCACACCUGAAACCCAUUUCCCACCUGAAACCCAUCCAGCUCUCCCGCUCCGUAGCCACACCCACCCUAGCCACGCUGCGUCCUGGGCCCCACUAAGGAGUUUUCAUCUGGUCUCGUUUGCACUCUUGCUCUUCCCGGAUCCAUUAAGCGGCAGCUGCAGUGAACUUUCACCCCAGGCCCUGCCAUGUUCCGCAGGCUGGGCUGGCUGGUCCUGUACAGCCUCGCCGUGCUGCUGCUCAGCUGCCUGCUCUUCCUGAAGAAGGAGGCCAAGCCAGCAGGGGUCCCCACCGCCCGCCAGCCCUUCUGGGCUCCCCCGGGGCCCCGCCGCAGCCACUGUCCACCCAACCACACUGUGGGGAAUGCCUCCCUGUCCCUGCCUAGCCGGCACCGUCUCUUCUUGACCUAUCGCCACUGCCGCAAUUUCUCCAUUUUGCUGGAACCUUCGGGCUGUGCCGAGGACGUCUUUCUGCUCCUGGCCAUCAAGUCGCAGCCUGGCCAUGUGGAGCGGCGUGCGGCCAUCCGCAGCACGUGGGGCCGGGUGGGAGACUGGGCUGGGGGCCGGCAGCUGAAGCUGGUGUUCCUCCUAGGGGUGGCAGGACCCGCACCCCCUGCCCAGCUGCUGGCCUAUGAGAGUCGGGAGUUUGACGAUAUCCUCCAGUGGGACUUCACUGAGGACUUCUUCAACCUGACGCUCAAGGAGCUGCACCUGCAGCGCUGGGUGGCGGCUGCCUGUCCCCAGGCCCGCUUCCUGCUAAAGGGAGAUGACGAUGUCUUUGUCCAUGUGCCCAAUGUCCUGGAGUUCCUGGACGGCUGGGACCCAGCCCAGGACCUCUUGGUGGGAGACGUCAUCCGCCAGGCUCUGCCCAACAGGAACACCAAGGUCAAGUACUUCAUCCCACCCUCCAUGUACAGGGCCCGCCAUUACCCGCCCUAUGCUGGGGGGGGAGGGUAUGUCAUGUCCAGAGCCACCGUGCAGCACCUCCGAGCAGCCGUGGAAGAGGCCGAACUCUUCCCCAUUGAUGACGUCUUUGUGGGUAUGUGCCUGAGGAAGCUGGGGGUGAGCCCCAUGCACCAUGCUGGCUUCAAGACAUUUGGAAUACGGCAGCCCCUGGACCCCCUGGACCCCUGCCUGUUCAGAGGGCUCCUCCUGGUGCACCGGCUCAGCCCCCUGGAGAUGUGGACCAUGUGGGCACUGGUGACAGAUGAGGGGCUUAAGUGCGCUGCUGGCCCCUUGUCCCAGCUCUGAGGGGUGGGCUGAGUGGAUUGAGUGUAGAUUUUCCUAUCAUAGAAAUUGAGAAACUUGAAACUUGACCCAUGAUGGUCUACAGGAAAUGCUUAGUUUUUGUAACCCCCUCCCAAACUUUUCUAACUUUGAUUAAAAACACUGAAACCUGGCUAACCUGGACCAACACGUGUUGAAUGG